UCUCUCCCCUCUCUCCUCCUCCUCCACCUUCUCCCUCCCUCCCCCUUCCCCCUUCUCAUCCCUCCUUCUUCUCCCUUCUCCCCUCUUCUUCCCCCCAUCUUCUCCUCGCCAUGUCUUGGUUCGGGGGCAUCAGCUCGGGUCUCGGGCAGGUCGGCGGCAGCCUGUCCUCCCUGACAGGCCAACUGUCCAACUUCACUAAGGACAUGUUGGCCGAAGGCGUCGAGGAAGUGCAAGAUGCUACCGGUGAACUGCAUGUAUCCAAUUCCAAACUGAGGGACAUUGAAACAGCUUACACCACACAGAAAUCAGAGUAUGAACGGUUGAAGAAACUUUAUGCAGAUGUCGAAGAGAAAGCAACAGCAGCAGAACUCCAAAUAAAGCACCUCUCAUCUGACUAUAGAACCCAGCUACAGCAGAAAGAAGUGAUGAUAAGCCAUUUGAAAUCCAGGCAGAAUGCAUUACAGGACCAAGUGCAGAAACUUCAGUCUGUUGCUCGGACAACACAGACAGAAACCACGUCGACAGCAUCUGCUGACUUUUUACCUGGUGAUGUGCCUCACGCUCUCACGUUUGAUGGAGACACUGGGGAUUUUGGAGAUGUCAUCUGGUCCCAACAUGAGAUCAAUAGACUUUCCAAAGAGGUGUCGAGGUUGGAGACUAUCGUUGCCCAUUGGAAAGCAUUGGCGGAGGAAAAUAAGGGCCAAGGGACUCUCAGCUCUGACCAGGAUGAUGUUUACAAGCUGCAAAAGACCAAUGAGGAGGUGAAGCAACAGCUCAGUCGGGAGAUUGAUGAGCAUCAGCAUGAGUUGUCUACUCUCCAGGAUGUACAUCAGCAGAAAAUAACUACUCUGACAAAUCGACACAGGGGCGAGCUUGCCGAAUACGAGGAACGGAUUGAGGAGCUGGAGCAGCAAUUGCAAGAUACAGAGAAAGACCAGAAAGGAACAAAUAACUCUCACGAUAAUAAUUUUAAUGGGCAAGAAGAUGUUCAAGAACUGAAAGCAAGCCUGCACUUAUUGAACCAUGAAAAAGAAGAGCUACAAAAAGAAAAGGUGGCUUUCCAACAGGAGCUCGCGAACCUGCAGGCUAGCCAGCGGAAUGAAUCUGACCUUAAUAGUCUGGCCUUGGAAGUGAGUGAGCUAAGACACAACUUGUUGACCAAAGAGAGUGAGCUGACGGAGAUAUCCAUGCAGAGAGACACGUUAAUGACAGAGUUGGAAGAAUUGGACAAACAGAAUCAAGAAGCUACUGAACAUUUAAUUAGAUCCAAAGAUCAACUGGCGCAGCAACGAAAAGAUUCGGAAGAAAAGAUCGUAAAACUGCAGUCGGAGCUGGAGAUCCUUGUGGCUGAUAAAGCAUCAAUGGUGCAAGAGCUGGAAACUCAGAGAGGCAAGCUGAGCCAGAGUGCUUUUGCACUUAAUGAGUUGCACAUGAGCAAGCAGCAGCUGGACAUGAAAGUCAAUGACCUAACGGAGAAGCUACACAAAUCACAGGUGGACAAUUCGGGCAUGAAGGCCGAAGUCACAAGUCUGGCAAGGAGGCUACAGGACACAGAAUCUCAGCUAGCGGUGGCCAAAACGGAGUUAACCCAAGCAGUUCAGCAAACUCCAAGCAAUGUGUGUCAAGAAGAAUUACUCCAAGAUAAAGAUCGAGAAAUUUCAGAGCUGAGGAAACAGGUUUUGGAAACGAGGUGUAUUAGUGAUGAGUUGCAAACAGAACUGUACGAUCUUAAAAUCCGAAAUAAAAAACUUGUUGCAGAUAACGAUGAGGCCAACGUAACCUUGGGCAGAGUUAGAGAACAACUUGAUGAGACCGUUUUCAGUAAUAGUGAGUUUUCGAAGGAAACCAGCACUUUGCUGGAGGCAGUGAGAAUGGAGAAAGUCCAGCUGCAGUCAGAGCUGAGCCAGGCUGAGAAACGGCUGAAUGAGGAAGCACAAAAGUACGAGCAGACCAUCAAGGAAUUAACAGAGGCCCAAAGUUUAGAUGCUACGACUUUGCAGAAAGAGCACAACCGUUUAAUCAAGUCGAUCCAAGAGAAGGAUUUUACGAUUGAAGAACUCAAACGUAAUAAGCAGCUGUUGGAAUUGGACCAUGACGAAACCAAAGAAAUGCUGAAAUCUAGUUUGGAGGGACAGCAGCAGUUGACCGAUCUCCUGAAAGAAAAAGAGACAUUUGUUGAAACAUUAAAGGCACGAGGUCUAGAAUUGCAGCAAGAGAUUGAAAAGAACGUAAAGAUUUUUAGAGAAUGUGAAUCCCUGAAACACAACCUCGAGGAGAGAGAUCGGCAAUUAAGCGUGAUGAAGGAGGAGAAUAACCACCUCAAGGAAGAAAUAGAUCGACUUGGGGACCAACAGAGUAGGUCUCCGCCCAUUGCUGAACCCAAGACUCUUGAUAUAAUAACAGAGCUGGAGACCGAAAUAACUGAAUUGAACAACAAAAGGAACAGUCUGGAAGAGGAAGUAAGGCUUCACAAAAAGUCUGUGGAGGAACAAAAGCAGAAUGUUCUGCAGCUUCAGCGUUCUGCGCAGGAUCGAGGGGACGAAGCCAAAACCCAGUGUGAGGAAAUUACUUCAACCUAUGAAAAGAUCAUUUCCGAAAAAGAUGAUAAAAUCGGCAACCUUCAGGAAUCCAUCAACCAAUUGAAAAUGCAAAAGGAAUUUCAGGUUGUUCCCACAGAUGCUCCAGUCAUUCUCCAAGAGAUUAAAGUGCAAACAGUGAAUGGAGAAAAUGGAAAUGAAAAGCAUGAUUUGUCUAAAGUGGAGAUUGAUAGAUUAGUUCACGGUGUAAAAGAAAAGGAAAGGGAGAUAAAGUUACUGAGUGAGAAGAAUUUGGCUCUGAUUAAGCAGUUGGAUCAGCUCUCUCUUUUUAAGGAUGAAGUGGUCAAGCUAACUCACAUCAUUCAGCAGAAGAACAUGGAAAUCCAAACUCUUAAUGCCAGGGUGACCUCUGGCAUCCACGGGCAGAUGGGUGCGGAUGUGGCCUACUUACAGCAGCAAUUGCAGGUGUAUGCUAUGGAGAGAGAGCAAGUGUUGGCUGUGUUAAAUGAAAAGACAAGGGAGAACAGCCAACUGAAGACUGAAUAUCACCGAAUGAUGGAUAUUAUUGCCGCGAAGGAAGCUGCGCUUUUGAAGCUUCAGGAAGAAAAUCUGAGGAUGGUCAAUAAGGCUGAAAAUGAGGGUGAGGACAUGGUACGGGAAACGAUCCAGAAUUUGUCUCGGAUUAUCCGUGAGAAGGAUAUAGAAAUUGAUGCUCUUCGUCAGAAAUGCCAAACUCUGGUCACUGUUCUGCAGACCUCCGGAAUGGGGUCUAAUGGUCAGUCAGGCCUCGUGAGCAGCAAUCAGUUUGAAGAACUCUUGCAAGAGCGUGACAAAUUAAAGCAGCAAGUGAAGAAGAUGGAGGAGUGGAAGCAGCAGGUGAUCACCACUGUUCAAAACAUGCAGCACGAGUCGGCUCAGCUCCAGGAUGAGCUCAUUAAGCUUCAGGGUCGACUGUCUACAGAUGGAGACUGCAACUCUCGGCUUCAGAUAGACUACAAUAGUUUAAUUCAUAGUUACGAGCAAAAGGAGAAGAAGUUGCAGACCCUUAGCCAAGAGCUUGCAGAGGUCCAGCAAAGCAUCGGGCAGCUCAGCAGUACCAAGCAUCUGAUCUUGGACAAGUUGGACAGUGUGCCCCCAGAACCACAAGUAGUUGCAACAAGCACUGGAAUAUUGCACAUGGAACCUUCUUCCCAUGGAAAUUCAUCAGUGGAAAACUUGAACCAAAUAAAAGAACUGCAGCAAGAGGUGGAACGUUUGAGUAAAAUAUUGGAAGGGAAAGAAGCCACAAUAGUGGCAUUUCAAAAUAGUGCUGAAUCAUUAGCACCAAAGCCAGUGAAUGGAAAAAGCGAUGUAGCUCUGGAGGUCAAGCAAAUGAAAGACAAGAAUGCAGAGUUGCAAAGAUCAUUCAGGGAAAAAGACCUUCUCAUCAAAUCGAAAAGUGAUCAGUUGUUGUCAGUUACAGGCUGCUUGAGAAACAAGGACAAUGAAAAUGAAGUUUUAAAGCAGGCUGUCACUAAUCUGAAGGAAAGAGUUUUGCUUUUGGAAAUAGACAUCCGGAAGUCUCAAGAGGAGAAUGACCAAAUCAUAGCCAAGUCCCGAGAAAAGGAAACUGAAUUCCGAGCCCUGCAGGAGACUAACAUGCAAUUCUCCAUGAUGUUGAGAGAAAAAGAGUUUGAAUCAAAUUCCAUGAGAGAAAAAGCUUCUGCAUUGGAAAAGGUGUUAAAAGAAAAAGAGGAGGGGAAGACUGGCGAAUUAAAUCAACUGCUUUACGAAGUCAAAUCGAUGCAGGAGCAAGCAGGAAUGUUUCAGCAUGAGAGAGACCAAGUUAUGCUGGCCCUCAAACAGAAGCAAAUGGAAGCCACUGCAUUAGUGAAUGAAUUGCAGCAUAUGCGUGAUAAAGAGCAGCGUCUAAACCAGGAACUGCAGCGGCUCCGAAGCCACUUACUUGAGAUGGAGGAAUCGUACACCAAGGAGGCCUUGGCAGCCGAAGACCGGGAGACUGAGUUGAGGAGGAAGAUUACGUUCCUGGAGAAAAAGUUGGCAUCAUCUUCUUGUGCGGUGGAAAGUGCUAGCCACCAAGCCAGUCUUCAAGUGGAGUCCUUGCAAGAACAGCUUCAGGUUAUUGCAAAACAGCGCGACGAAGCGGUGAUGCAGUUGAGUACAUCUCAAGAUCAAGUCAAGCAGUACGCAAUGUCACUAACCAACCUGCAGAUGGUGAUAGAGCAGUUUCAAAAGGAGGAAAAAGCAAUGUAUGCAACCGAAUUGGAGAAAUAUCAGAAGGACAUUGCAGAGUGGAAAAAGAAGGCAUUAAGUCUUGAGAAAACAGUUGCAGAAUUAGAGGAGCACUUACAGGAAGCAAAUGCUGCUUUGGAUUCUGCGUCAAGACUAACUGACCAAUUGGAUCUUAAAGAAGAGCAGGUGGAAUAUCUUCAAAAGGAAGUUGUUGCUCAAAAGGACAUGUUGGAAGAUGGCCAGAGAAAAUUAUUGAGCCUGGUCAACAACAAUGAAGGGAAAAUUGAUAAGGUUUUGAUGAGAAAUUUGUUUGUCGGCUACUUUCACACUCCGAAAAACAAGCGGAAUGAAGCAAUGCGACUGAUGGGAAGUGUCCUGGGAUUAAGGCGAGAAGAGAUUAGUCAGCUCUUGGAGAGUGAACAUCGUGGCGUUACGGGAUGGGUGACCAGUUGGCUUGGUAGCAGAGCUAGUGGAACCCAAAGUGUACCAAAUACCCCACAAAGGCCAAAUCAGCAGACAGUCUUCAACAAUUCUUUCUCGGAAAUGUUUGUGAAGUUCCUGGAAAUAGAAUCUCGACCUUCCCUUCCGCCACCAAAGCUUCCAAUUUAUGACAUUCACCCCCUUGGACACACACCUGCAGCUAGCCAGCAAGCCAGUGGUACAUCUGGCGCAUCUGGAGCAGGUCAACUGAAGAAACCAGAGUCCAGUCCAUUCUUGGCUCCACGAUCUGCUGCUGUGCCUCUCAUGACCUCAGCAGCUGCCAGUUCCGCUGGGUCUCCGCAUCUCCUCAUGAAACCAAUCUCCAGCGCCCUUCCCACUUUCACACCCCUACCAGUGUCAUCAGACUCCAGUGCCGGGACUGUACUUAAAGAUCUCCUCAAGCAAUAAAAAAAACUGGAGCUAAUCCACUAAAGCACUUUAAAGUGAACAUUACACUAUAGACUACUCGAGCACAGAGGGAUCUUGUACUGUGUGCAUAAAGCUCCCAGAGAUAUAAUUGCAUAUCGUAAAUGUGCAGCUUUCAGCUGAGCCUGUGAAAGUUGCAAGAAUGUCAGCCCAAAAUCGACUUGGGGAGCGAUUGGCCCAACGAGUAGGAAUAAGUUUCCCCCUUUCCAAAAAGCUAGCUAUAAACUCGCCGCGGUGUGCUUUGUUGCUGAAAGCAGGUACUGUAUAUUUGUCACUUAUUCGAGCAAUUAUAGCUCAGAAGGAAUUCACAGAGGCAUCGAAUCUUAGUUUCCCUGCAGGAUCUUAAUGGGCCUUGUGUCAGUGCAAACUGUAAUGGCUUUUCAUAACAUCCUUCCAUGGGAGGAUUAAAGUAAAAACCUCUUCAGUACAGCUCCAAAGAAAUAAAAUAGCAGUGUUGUGUAUUAAAAGCGGACUCUUCCAGACUGUUCAAAGUCAUACCUGCCAUGGUAUAAAUACAUUUAUUUGAUCACACUGCCUUUAACUGCAUAUGUGAAGUAGCUUUAGUGGUUGGCAAUAUUUGCUGUGGAUCAUGAAUCCUGAGCAUUGAGAAGAAAUUAAAAAAUAUUUUCCCUGCCUCUUCCCUCCACCUCCCUCACCAUCCAGCUAUGAAGGAUCAAGAUCUUAUUGUGCUGAAACUUCCUAAAAUUAAGAUUAAUGACUGCUGUAGAGGCCUAAUCAAAUUAUCAAUGAAAACAUUUUUUUUUCUGUUUGAAAAGCUAACUCCAUGUAAAAUAAUUGAAUGUCACAGUUGUGAAGACAGGUCUUAAAACCAGUUUGCAUUCUUUAUUUUACGUUAUAACCUAUCAGAAACUUGAUUGCAGACUUCUGGUUUGAAGCUUGAAAUUAAUAUACUCUCAAUGGCUGAAUCGUCUCACCCAUUCACUGUUUGAUGAGUGAAUUUACUUUAGGCCCUCAGAGGAACAGCAGACUUUCAUUUGCAUUCCAGGGGUACACGACAUUUCCCUGAAAAUUGAAAUAACUCUCGCAAACACCUCAUCUGCACAGUAACACCAGUUACUUCAGUCAUACCUUAAUGUAUUUCAUGUUGGUCAGUGCCAAGGGAUGUAUAAUUUGUGUGUGAAAGGCAGUGGUUUGGCAGUUUGAUGAUCUACCAGACUUUGUAUUAUAAUUCUGUUGGUAUAAUUUAUGCAACUCUGGGUUCUGGGCUUUUGAAUUAUUGCAGGCCUUUCUGUAAAAUGAUUCUAAUUACAGCUCACUGUAUCAGUGAGAGAGAAACAAGUUAACAAUCUGCACCAUUGUUCUUUAUAUAAAUUGUUUGUCUUUUCUGUCCAUGACUUGUUUUUCAUCUGAGGCGUCUACAGAUUUAUAAGGUACAGCAUUCUUAAGCUCUAAAUUAUCCAUAGCUGAUUUGGUAUGUUGGCUAUUGUUGUACAAUAUUGUGGUUAGCUAAAAGAAUGACGUUCUUGGAUGCAUUAAAAUCCAUUAUUGUAAGCUGUUAAUAUCCAGCAAAAUUGUUCAGGUUCAUUAUUACGAGGUGGAGGUUCAUCACAAAAUAUCAACAAAUGUAACUUGAUCUUCUGCUUUGGAACGGGGUUAUUGGAAUCAAAUGAGCAGAGAUGAUUGUAGCCAGCUGAUAAUAGUCACAUACCCACUUGGCAAGUGAUCAAAGAUGCAUUUUUUUCUUCUUUAGUUGUUCAAACUUAACAGUGGGUUCAAGUUGCGCCUUUCUGUUUCAAGCAGUUUUGUCCCCCAUUAAGAUUUUUCACCUUUUGCUGAAAUGGGAUGACUUGUUUCAUGGCACUGUGUGCAACUCACUGUCACCUCACUCAAAUGACUUGUUUAUCACAGUUAAACACGGUGAUCAGGAAGUUACUUGUGCCUCUUACAAAGCCGUCCACAUGAGAAUCCUGGCUGGAUUUUUGUAAGAGCCAAAGUUGUGCAAGUGAUAAAUGUCAUUACACCUCAUUAAAAAUUAAACAUUAUAACUUACCUUAAAAGUUAUGUUAAACUUUGAAAACAAUGCAAAGUUUUGAAAAUUGGUAUUCAAAAGCUGCGUGGGCUUUCUCCAAGAUUUUCAGUUUCCUCCCACACUCCAAAGAUGUACAGGCUUGUAGGUUGUUAAUUGGCCUGGUUAUAAAUGUAAAAUUGUCCCCAGUGCGUGUAGGGUAGGGUAAUGUGUGGGUAUUGCUGGUUGGUGCAGGCUUGUUUGGCUGAAGGGCCUGUUUCCACGCUGCAUCUCUAAAACUAAAAACUAGCUACAAUUGUCAAGGUGCCAAGAAAGGCAAAUACUUUUUUUAGAACCCCCUCUGUCUGUUGAACAAUAAUAAUCUGACUUCUGUAGAUGGAAUAUUUAGGUUUGGAGGCCCACUCCAACUGUUGAGCAGAUUAUGUAGGAAGGAACUGCAGAUGCUGAUAGAAACCAAAAAUAGACACAAAAAGCUAGAGUAACUCAGCGGGUCAGGGAGCAUCUGUGGAGAAAAGGAAUAGGUGAUGUUUCAGGUGGGGACCCUUCUUCAAACUAAGAGGGGAAAGGGCAACGGGAAAUAUAAAGAGAUAUAGAACAAAUUAAUUAAAGAUACAAAAAAAGUAAUAAUCAGGCAGAUGCUCAUUAGGGCAUAAGUGAUAGUAGAAUUAGGCCGUUGGGCCCCAUCAAGUCUACUCCACCAUUCAAUCAUGGCUGAUUUAUCUCUGAUGGGGAGGGUGAAAACAUGGAAGUCAUUUUAACUGCUCACCUGGUGAAGGGGGUGAUUUAAGAGGUCAAAAUUCAAUUUCUGUGUGUUGAUCUGAAACCAUCCUAGUAGUUAUAUAAUCAAGACCAAAACUUGCAACGCAUCCUCUUACCGAAUCUAGCUGAAUUACUGCUAUUUGCCAACAAAAUAUUAAUUGUCAUUUUUGGUCCUUGAUUUGUUUGUUUUACUUUUAACACUGUAUUACUCACAGAAUUGAAGCGAAAAUGGUAAUUUAACUGUUUUGCGAGAAAACAAAAUGUGAAGUGCAUCAAACAUUUUGAAUCACAAGUAUUUAUCAUUCAACAUAUCCAAGAAUAUUGCCAAUAAAUGACUGAAUUCCACCUUGCUUGCCUAUAGUUUUGCAGAUAUGAUAGAGGUUCAUUGUUGGACAGUUUUUUUUUUUUAAAGAGUUUAUAAAUUUAUAUAUUACCACAGGACAUAUAUCAAAGUUGCUGCAGCUGUUUAUUAAUCAUUUUGAAGAAAAUAAUCUGUUGAUUCCAUUAGCUCUUUCUCACAGGAAUUUUUUUGCUUCAAUUCAAAUUAAACUAAGCUAAAGCUAAGCUGGUAUGACGAGAGGAUCAGCGUAGUAAUGAAGGCCAACAAGCUCCAUUAAUGCUUUUAUGCAGCACAAAAGUAAAUAUUUCUGACUUGACUAAAUCUUGCCUGCUCAGAAGGACAUAAGCAGUCUUCCGUUUCAGUAUGUCUUCCAGAAGGAGAUAGAAAACAUCUAGUAGGAUCUAAUCACUUUCAAGGCUAGGUUAAAAUUGACACGGAGGGCUUUGAUUUUUGUUGUGUAAAUGCAAUGUUUUCUAUGUGUAGGAGGGAACUGUAGAUGCUGGUUUACACCGAAGACAGACACAAAAUGCUUGGAGUAACUCGGCUUCAUCAGAAGGGUCUCGACCCAAAACAUCACCCAUUCCUUCUUUCCAGAGAUGCUGCCUGUCCUGCUGAGUUACUCCAGCAUUUUGUGCAAUGUUUUGUCAUAUCUGCAAUGUUUGCUAUGUUCCCAGGGCUGACAAAACACCACGUUAUUUUCAAUAUCAACCUGUUUCUGCAUUUCUGACUUUUUAAACAUAUGCAAUCUCUCACAUUUUGACAAGACUAAAGUUGAUUACGUUAUCAGCAAUUAAGACAUAUUACCUUUAUGGGUUUAUCAGGUAGCAUUGAUAGCAUUACGUAAUGAAUCACAUGUAUUGAAAUAUCUUCAAGUGCUAUCAGUAUGUUAAUCACAUUGAUUAAUUAGAAGUCAUCUUUUAGUGCUAACAUGGGCAUUGCUAAAUAUUGGCAUAGGGUAAAAUAUGUAAAAGAAAAUUUUUAAUGAAAGUUCUUAAACAUUGACAACCUCGUGGUAUCUGGUACCAUGGGCUGUUUCUGUUGCUAAUUCUGCUUUUGUCUUUAUGCCUAAUUUAUUCUAACUGAAAUGUGAAACAUCCACUGUUGCCUUCUUAUGAAGAAUGGUCAAAUGUAUUAAAUAUACAUUUCAGCGGUA